CGUUACCCUGGAGACGGAAGAUGGCGGCCGCAGGUCUCGGUCGUAGGGAGAGGCGACGCUGAGUCCCUCAGCUCCAGACCAUGAGCUGGCUCUGCCGCUGGGGAUGCCGGGGCUGAGAGCUCCAAGCCCCAGGGAAGGAAGAUGCUUCAGACCAGCAACUACAGCCUGGUCCUGUUCCUGCAGUUCCUCCUGCUUUUCUAUGACCUCUUUGUCAACUCCUUCUCGGAGCUGCUCCGCACGGCCCCCGCCGUCCAGCUCGUCCUCUUCAUCAUCCAGGACAUUGCUAUUCUCUUCAACAUCAUCAUCAUCUUCCUCAUGUUCUUCAACACCUUCGUCUUCCAGGCUGGGCUGGUCAACCUCCUCUUCCACAAGUUCAAGGGGACCAUCCUGCUGUCAGGGGCCUACCUGGCACUCAGCAUCUCCUUCCACAUCUGGGUUAUGAACCUGCGGUGGCGGGACUCCGGCCACUUCGUGUGGACUGAAGGCCUGCAGACCCUUUUUGUUUUCCAGCGGUUGGCGGCUGUGCUCUACUGUUACUUCUACAAGAGGACGGCGGUGCACCUGGGUGACCCCCUCUUCUACCAGGACUCGCUCUGGCUGCGCAAGGAGUUUGCACAGUUCCGUGGCUGAUGGUUUCCCUUGGGCUCUGGACGACCCACUGUCUUUCCCUUCGACUUCCUGGCAGCCCCCGCCAUCUCUCUGCAAUUUGCGGGCCCCAUUGGGGACAGUUUCGGCUCAGCCACCUUCCUCCUCUUCUUCCCGGGGACCAGCUCUUCUGCUGGCGCCGGCACAGCUCACGCAGAUGCUGGGGGUUGGUGCGAGGCUCCUGGU